CUGCCCGUCAGCAAUUGUUUUCGAGCAGCAGUUUAGAUUGUCCUAGCUCCGGGGUUUGAGGGAGCGGAAGUCCCGGACACAGCUAACCUGGGAGGGGAAGAGUUUAGUGCCUCCCCCUCCCUCCUCCUGUACCUUCGGUCGGAUGCGCGGUGGCCUGUGAAAAAGCUCCGAGGCCAGGCAGUGAGUGAGUGUGUCUCCCCGGGGUGGGAGAGGCCCCCCGGUGCGGGCCACAGUGCCGGGGGAAGGGAUGACACUGGACUCCACGAUGGCUUGUUGCCUGAGUGAAGAGGUGAAGGAGUCCAAGAGGAUCAAUGCUGAAAUCGAGAAGCAGCUCAAGAGAGACAAGAAAGAUUCAAAGCGGGAGGUGAAAUUGCUGCUGUUAGGUACUGGAGAAAGCGGGAAGAGUACAUUUAUUAAACAGAUGAGGAUAAUCCAUGGAUCUGGAUACUCCGAAGAGGAUAAGAAGGGCUUUACUAAGCUAGUAUAUCAGAAUAUCUUCACUGCCAUGCAGUCUAUGAUUAGGGCAAUGGAAACGCUAAAAAUUCUCUACAAGUGUGAGCAAAACAAGGCAAACGCCCAGUUGAUCAGAGAAGUGGAUGUGGAAAAGGUGAACUCCUUUGAACAGCCACAUGCAAAUGCAAUCAGAAACCUGUGGAAUGACCCUGGCAUUCAGGAGUGCUAUGAUCGGCGGCGGGAAUACCAGCUGUCAGACUCCGCCAAAUAUUAUCUGACAGAUGUAGAUCGAAUUUCCAAACCUGGCUACCUUCCCACACAACAAGAUGUGCUCCGUGUCAGAGUGCCAACCACUGGUAUUAUAGAGUACCCUUUUGACUUGGAGAACACAAUAUUCAGGAUGGUAGAUGUUGGAGGUCAGCGAUCAGAACGUAGGAAGUGGAUUCACUGCUUUGAGAAAGUUACUUCCAUCAUGUUUCUUGUAGCCCUCAGUGAAUAUGACCAGGUCCUUGUAGAAUCAGAUAAUGAGAACCGCAUGGAGGAGAGCAAGGCUCUGUUCAGAACAAUCAUUACAUACCCUUGGUUCCAGAAUUCUUCUGUCAUUUUGUUCCUGAAUAAGAAGGACUUGCUGGAAGAUAAGAUCAUGUACUCCCACCUUGUGGAUUACUUUCCUGAGUUUGAUGGACCUCAGCGGGACGCCACAACUGCCCGUGAAUUCAUCCUAAAAAUGUUUGUGGAUCUGAAUCCAGACAGCGACAAGAUAAUCUACUCACACUUCACAUGUGCCACGGACACAGAGAACAUCCGUUUUGUAUUUGCAGCUGUCAAGGACACCAUCCUACAGAUCAACCUUAAAGAAUACAACCUUGUGUGACCAGGAUGGCCAAGAUUUUCACCUCAUUCUCAACUGCAAAUAUUGCUUUGUUUUUUUUGUUUUUUUUUUAAACUUUCCUUCGACCCCUUUUCUAAGUCUUCUAUUGUAGAGCUGGACUUUCU